GGGUGCCUUUUCUCUUUGUUCUUUCUCCACACAGUCGCCAUGGCAUCGCUCCUGUCCUCAGACCGCGAAUACUUCCUUAUCCAGGACCCGCAAACCAUGCUCGGUGCCCAUUGCUACUGCCUUCGACAGGGCAGCCGGCUGGCAGGUUUCCGGGACGACAGGGAUAUGGAGCAGGCCGCUUCCCUCUGCCCCAAUUGCUCGUUCUGGAUCGGGCUGUACCGCCAAGGCCUCUCCUGGGUCUGGCUUAAUAGUGACCCCUAUAAGUUUACGCAGUGGAGCCCAGCAUCCAAAACUUCAGAGAGCUGUGCGGUUAUGAACGAGAGCCUGUGGUAUCAAGAGAAAUGCCUCCAGAAACAUCCUUUCGUGUGCUGCAAAGGGCCUGCAGGUGCUCUUCCUUUUCUUCUCCAACUCCUGCUAAACUGCCGCUCCAUACCUGACCAGAAGGACGUGUUGACUCCUGCCCUGCAGUCAACUGUGGCUGCAACUUCCCUUCCCACGUCCAAAUGCAAAAUAAUUGGGUAUCUUGUCUCCUUAGGGGAUGCCCCUGCAACUACUGAUGGGAACGAGCUCCCUUCUCCCACUGCAGUUCAGGAUCUCUCCUCAACCCAACACAGGCCUGAGCAAGAGACCAGAGACACAGAGCUGACAACUUUCUCUGCUUCCAAUUUAACAAAAGUGGGACCCCUGCAGGAUCAAAGCCCUGUCGUCAUUCAGGAAAACCGCACCUGGUUCGAAGCUCUGGCUGCCUGCCACGCCAGAGGCCGGAUUCUGGCUGGGAGGGUCGCGCUCCAGCAGGGUCUGAUGGCUUGGCUGGGGUUGCACCGCCAUGGGCUGUGGGGCUACUGGGUUUGGGCCAAUGGGAGCGCCGUGGAGGAGCCUCAGAGCUGGCGGGAAGGGGAACCGAACGAUCCCCUAUGGGGAAACUGUGGGGCAGGGACAGGCACAGAGGAAGGAGUCCUGUGGGAAGACGAGUGUUGCGAGCAGAAGUUGUACUAUGUGUGUGAAUAGCACUCCCAGAGCCAAACGAUGCAUGGCAUGACAGCAGGGAUAGCUCAGCCGGUGGAGCAUGAGACGCUCAAUCUCAGGGUCGUGGGUUCGAGCCCCAGGUUGGGCAAAAGAUUCCUGCAUUGCAGGGGGUUGGACUAGAUGGCCCUUGGCGUCCUUUUCGAUUAUGAAUAAUUGUGUUGA